UCCGCACUAACUGCUAAUGAGCUCUGGAGUGCCCGUCCCAGCUGCGCGAGCUCGUCCUCCGAGACCUCCUCUGCUCCCACCGCGUGCCUUUGAAAAUGUGGCGAACAGCUCGAGACUGGCCACUUCACGUGUGUUUGUCGACAGCACCUUUAGGCCAAUGUCUGUUUUGAACGAUCGAGUCGGAAAUGCUUUGAAUGAAACAAGAAUGGAUCAUUCGCCAGUAUUACCUCUUGAUAGCUUUGGGAAUGUAAUGAUGUUCCUGUUCAACAUAGCUUUAGCUACGGCGAUAAUAUUUCUUAACCUUUCGGUGUUUAUUUCUAUUAUGGUUAACAAGUGUUUACGUAGCGAAAACCAAUUUAUGUACAUGCUCAGUACGUGUUUCAGUGACAUCUGUUCGGGCGUUUCUUAUUACUAUGUCGGCGUACUCGACGUCAGAGACAGCUAUGAUUCUCCGAAAAGAACUUUCUAUAUCGCACCGACAUUCCUGGGGCUGUCUUACAUGGCUAUUUUAGCGGCACAAGCCGACAGAUACCAUGCCGUUAGCGCACCUUUCAAAUACUCGCAGAGAAUGACCCGCAACCGAACUCUGUUAGUCAUUUUAGCGUACUGGAUUUACGCCUUCGUCAUCGUAGGUGUGAACAACCUUGUGACUGUAGGGGUCGCAAAAAGGGUCACUGGCAUCGGAACGUUUGUGGGAAACAUUUUCACCGUUGUCAUAAUGAUAGGGCUCAACAUCAGGUUGUUCUUAAUCGCAAAGUACCACCUGGAGAGGGACCCGCCGUCCGUGGAGAGAGAAAACAAGCGUUCGUCAGUUUAUCUCAUCAUUUUGGUGGCUGUGUUUUUCUUAGGCGCCUGGUUACCGAUUUUCAUUCACAUUAUAUUGUGUAACUUUGUCGGAACCACCUGCUACACUUUCAAAAACGAGGGCACGGACCCUCUGCGAAUUUUGCCCCGAAUAAACGCAGUUCUCACGCCAGUACUGUACGUUCGAGGCUGCACGCCGCUGAGAGAAACGCUAUUUGGAAAAGUCUGGAAAAAGUGCUCCACAAAACGAAGGGUCAUCCCUGUAGCAGGAAGGCCAGGCCAGGGGCUUCACGGCCGUCUGGUUACUGUUCUGUUCAAAUGGUGACCACGUUCUGAAGGAGCUCCUCAAUCCUGGGGAAUUCUGGGAUUGAUAAGGUGCUGAAGUACACGUUUGCAUGGAAUAUGCCGUAUGUUCCUUGCCAGGAACAAUUGUUUUAAAAGGACUAAUUUACGGUCACCUAUUUAAAAUAAAUCAUACGCCACAAUUAGUAUAAUUGUAGCUUUCAUAAAAAUGUGUGUGUGCUAUUCUGGGUGUCAAUUUAAUAUGUCUCCCAAAUUUUUCUGAAAAUGUUUCCUAUCAUUACAUUUUUAAAAUGUAACAUAUAAGAAUAACACAGAUAAAUUAAAUGGUAAGCCAAUUUCUUGUUCUAUAUAUGGACAUACUUUGUAUGUAUAUGUAUAUGUAUCCAAUUUUUUGUGUGUGACAAUAAUAUUAUCUUGUCCAAGGCAACACAUGCAUUUUGAUUGCAGAGCAUUUUUCUGCUGACAGGUAAUAUUUCAAAGGAGUCAUUGCCAUUAAAUUUGAGUGUGGAACAUGAUAUCAAGAGCAUGGACAGUUUGAAUGCAUCCGGGUCUAUGGAAAAUCAUAUCCAGAGCAUGAACCAUUCUAAUACUUUAGAUCUCAAUUAUUAUUUUGUGUUCUGUUGAUGCUGAACUUUGAUUUAAACGCAUUGUCUACUUUGGCCAUUGACUCUCAUGGUAGCUGCAUGCAUUACCCCACAGCUGUCCUCUCUUUAAAGCCAUUUUUACUCUUUUUCUGUGUUGUACAUCAGUCAGCACUCCAUAAGCUUCAAUGUAAUUGAUCAAUUUGAUUGAUUAUACAAACAUGUAUGUUGAAAAUAAAACCUACAAUAUAUUUAGACAUGUAAUUUUCAAUCUAAUUCUGUAUGCCUUCUCUGAAGAUGUGGGUAUAGUAUCUCCAGAAUUUACAAAAACUGCUAGAGAAUUUUAGAGAAACAAAAAACCUGUUUAAAAUAUCAUGCUUUACAGACGCCUGUCGAUUAGAUUUAUAAAUAACUUUUUAUUCAAAAUGUUGCUGCAAUGUGAGAAAACAGUACUGUAAUUCACUUACCGUGCAUCCCGCACGUGGGUGG